CAGACGAGACGACUGCAAGCCUUUCCGAGCACAUCAAUGGAGGCGAGAAAGACAAAGCUGCGUUGAUCAUCUUCACCAGCGGCACAACUGGCGAGCCAAAGGGCUGUCUUCACACCGACCGAAACCUGGUCUCCGAGACUUGCGACUUCGACCCUGAAGUCGAUCCCUCGUUCUUCCUGCGCUGGCUGGUGCACACUCCCGUUUCCCACAUCUUCGCAGUCAGCAAUGUUCUCCGCGCAUGGAGAUUUGGCGGCACCGCCGUGUUCCCAUCAAAGUCCUUCAACGUCGAUGCGACUCUGAAAGCCCUGAUCCAGGAGCAGUGCUCAGCCAUGUCGGCGACUCCCACGCUGGCAAAGGCGCUGAUGGCGCACCCGUCGUUUCCCAGCCCCGACGAGCUGGAUCUGCGCAUCGUUACACUCGCUGGCACGUCCAUCUGUCUCGAGGACGUUGACCUCUGCCGCCAGGGCCUGGGCGCCAAAAUGGCCAUCCAGGUCUAUGGCCUGAGUGAGGGAGCGCCGUUGGUCACGUUUGCAAGGACUGAUCCGAUGCUCCUCGAUGGAUAUCACCCUGGUGUCGGCAAGGUUCUCCCCGGUGCGGCAGCAAGGGUCUGUCGGCCGGGAACUCGUGAGAUUCUGCGCCGCGGUGAUGUCGGAGAGCUGCAUGUCGGUGGAACCUCCAUCAUCGCCGAGUAUUACAAUCGAGAGAGAGACGAUUCCAUGUACGAGGACGGGUCUGGGCCAUGGUUUGCAACUGGAGACCAGGCAAAAAUUGAUGAGCACGGUAUCGUUUACAUCCUCGGUCGAUACAAAGAUCUCAUCAUUCGAGGAGGAGAAAACAUCUACCCAGUCAGGAUUGAAACUGCCCUUCAGCAGCUGCCUGGGGUACAGACCCAAGUCAUCGGCGCACCAGAUGAAAUCGCUGGCCAGGUCCCCGUCGCCAUCGCCAUCUUGCCAGAGGGCAUCACAAAGGCCCAUCUCAUCAAAAAGUCCAGAACCGUCGACGCAAGAUAUGCUCUGGACUCUGUAUACACUCUCGAAGAACUAGGCUUGGAGAAGUUCCCCGUCACUUCCCUGGGCAAGGUGAAGAAGGAAGUCUUGAGGCAAAAAUUGGCAAAGCUCCGCCAGCCCAUACAGCCAGCAGAACUACAGCCUAUGGUCCCAGAGAGGCAGCCUGUAGUCCAACCUACCCAAAAAUACAUCGAACAGCUCCUGGAUAUCUGGGAGAAGCUGAGCGGGACGCGGCCGGCCAUUACUGACAGCGUCAUGCUGUUGGCCGACAGCAUCACGCUCCUCCGCUAUUGCGACCAAGUCUUGCGAGUCUGUGGUCAACGCCUCUACCUGCAAGAUUUCGCAGAGAGCAACACAGUCGAAAAACAAGCCCAACUGCUACUAUCUCGAGACACGGGACAGGAUAGGCUUGCUAUAGCCCAAGGACGUCAGACCAAUGGUUUCAGCGAUACAUCUGCCAUACCAACCCAACAGUUUCAAACAUCCCUAGUCGCGAGACGGGAUCAGCAGGAUCAGCCACUAUCCGUAGAUGAAAUCGACAUAUGGAGAUCCGCUCGUGAAAAAGUCGCAAGCGUUGGUCUUCCGGAUACCGACGUUGAAGACAUUAUGCCGAUACGCGAUUCGCUCCAUCGAACCGCAAUAGGCUUGCGGCCGCAGUCAUACCACAACCGCAUGGUGUUCCGAGUUCGUGGAAUUCCAUAUGAACAGGUCCGACGGGGCCUUGAAAGAGCGCUGUCGUCUCGGCCAAUGCUACGAACCAUCCUUUUCGAGGCACCAAACAGGCUGCCCUUCCACGCCGUCCUGUCAUCAAGUCCAGCUCUCUUUGAGAAACUCAUUCACAACGUCGAAGUGGAGACGGAGGGUGACGCCACGGAGCGAGCCAAAGACGACUCCGCCGAGGGACACUCAUAUCCGUUCAUGUUCCAGUCAGACGUGGUCAAGAUCAGAACCGGUGAACAGUACCAUCUCAUCUUCACUUUCAACCACUCUGUGAUCGAUGCUCUAUCACUUACACUGUGGCAUCGCGAACUGGACCGCUGGAUUCAGGAUUCCAACCUCGAUAUCCCAGCCCUUACGCCAUACAAGCUCUUCUCUGAUCUCUUCAGUCACUACGAAGAGAGUGAACCCGCCCAGAAGAGCGUCAAAUUCCACGUCCAACGGCUCCGGGGAAUCUCUCGCUUCGAGCGCGCUCUAUGGCCUCCGCAGAAAGCCCCUGGCCUGAUGAUCUCCAAUGACCAAGGUUCACGCUACGCCGAGCAGCGGCGUAAGAUCAGGGACAAGGUCUGGGAGGGAGAAUGGGAGACGCGCGCUGCAGAGUUCCAGUAUCCUCGAUCUGGUCGGGUGAUUGGCCUCCCAGGACUGGCCAAACUCAGGGAGAAGUACGCCAUCCAGCCGUCGCUCUUCGCCAAGAGCGCGAUUGUGUUGUUCAACGUGCUCCACACGGGCGCUUCAUUUGCCCUCUUCAACUCUUGGGAGAGCGGCCGCUCAUGGCCGUUCAUCCCCAGGUGGAUGGACAAGCUUCUCCCGCCCUCGAUGAGCAUCGACGGUCCGACCGUCCAGUGGCUCCUCAACAUGUCGGAAGUAGUCAGCGACGAGACCGUCUCAGAGUUCCUGCAACGAAUGAUGUCUGAACAAGACCAGAUGAAGCAGCACGAGCACGUGCCCUGGAACCACGUCGUCCAAGGUCUGAGAGAUGAGGGCGCCAUGGCAGAGGCCGCGUCGUUCAGGCAGUCGUUUGUUUGGGACGUCAGCAUCGCCAUGCACUUCGCUGGAGGAGACCGGACAGACUUCAAGACCCUAGAGCCCGUAGCCCGAUACGACUGGCCCGACUGCGGCCUGUUUUGGAACGCUUUCAUGAUUGACGCCGUCAACCUCUACUUCAUCGCGUCGUGGGAUACGGCGCAGAUGAAUGAUAGGGAAGUUGAAGGGCACUGCGACAGCUUAGCAGAAGUUAUGAGGAAGUUGGCAAACGAAGACAACUGGGGGAAGAAGGUUGGAGAGGUUUUUACAAGAUAGAUCGGGUUUAUCUCAAGUUGAUGCCGGCGUUGGAUAUGGUCAAGAGUCACGAAGUCACAAGUGGGAUGAAUCACCGAGAAAGGUAGUGAGUGCUCUUCAAUCAAGCUGGUUGCGAGUCAAGAGUCACAAGAGAGAAUUGAAUAUUGAAGUAGAUAAUUGAAUUGAGACGUGGGUUUGUGAUCCC